AUGGCCGGCCUUCUGACCAUCGGCGACGGCCUGAGCGGGAAUAUCGCCGAGUACUACAAGAAGGUCGCGGGGAAGCUGGGCAUGAGCCCGAAGAUCAAGGUCUUCGACGACGUCCAGGCGCAGGGCGGCUGCAACGACGACAACGGCAAGGGCUACCCGUACCUGAUGAACCGCGUCUUCAUCCAGCACUCGCUGAACCUCUUCUUCGUCGGCGUCGAGGCCUGGGUCGCCGUGGCCUGCAUCGCCGUGGGGUCGCGCUGCGUCCUCCUCGCCUGCAUGCCGCCGUUCCUCUUCGACGUGGGCUACUGGGUCGCGAUGGACAUCCCCGACAUCGGCGGCCCGCCCGGCGCGGUCCAGACCUACAUCGUCUCCACCGCCGCCGUGAUCCUCGCGACCGUCGCCCUCAAGGACGAGUACCCGAACAUCAACGACGGCGAGUACUUCCUCGGCCUCGCGCUCCCGGUCCUCUUCAUGCUCGUCGCGGCCGCCCGCCUCGUCGCCGGCGCCGCGGGCAUCAUGCCGUCCGUCUGCGACAAGGUCGGCUCUGCGGCGCCGCUCUCGACCUCGUAG